AGUUCCCACUGUUCACACGUGGGGAAACUCCACUUCCUGAUGAAGUGAAUUAAAGGCCCCGUGUCGUCCUUCCUCUUUCACUCGUCGCACAGACACCGCAGGACUAACAACCGCCACGCUCUUUCAGGUUCAACAUGUCACAGUGGUGCUGGCUGGUGUUAGUUGCGGUGUGUCACAUGACCUCAUGCGCCAAUCCGGGAGUAAAGCUCCAACUGACAGAUAAAGGCAUUGAAUAUGGCAGGCAACUCGGAAUGGCGUCGAUCCAGCGCAAGCUCCAAAGCAUUACAGUCCCGGAUAUGUCCGGAUCACAGAGAGUGCCCGUCGCUGGCAAGGUCAAGUACAGCUUGUCAAAUAUGCAAGUAGUGUCUGUGGGACUACCUUCGUCUGCGGUGGCUCUGGUGCCAGGGACUGGUGUCAGACUGUCUAUUGAGAACGCCUUCAUCAGCAUGAAGGGAAACUGGAGGGUCAAGUUCCGCAGAAUAUUGAGGGACAGCGGUCGCUUUGAUUUGAGCGUGAGUGGACUGACGGUCAGUACAAGUAUCGCCGUCACAAGUGAUGAGACAGGGCGACCUCGAGUCAGUAGCGCUGGUUGUACGGCUAAUGUUGGCAGUGUCAAUGUUAAAUUCCACGGUGGAGCCAGCUGGCUGUACAAUCUUUUCAGAAAAUUCAUCAGCAAGGCUUUGAGUAAGACGCUGGAAAAACAGAUCUGCCCCCGUGUUGCUGAUGCACUGUCUGACGUGAACCCUCAGUUGAAAACUCUCAACGUCUUAGCCAAGGUGGACAAGUAUGCAGAGAUCGAGUAUUCUAUGGUCUCUGCACCCACAGUCUUGAACUCUUAUUUGGGUUUGAACUUGAAGGGGGAAUUCUACAACAGAGAAAAACAUCAGGAACCUCCAUUCUCCGCUCCCGCCUUUUCUCUGCCAACGCAGAAGAACCACAUGUUGUACAUCGCGGUUUCUGCCUUCACCGCCAACUCGGCAGCUUUUGUCUACAACACGGCCGGAGUCCUGAGCUUGUACAUUACGGAUGACAUGGUCCCUAAAAGCUCCCCAAUCAGGCUCAACACCAGAACAUUUGGAGUUUUCAUCCCCCAGAUUGCCAAAGAGUUCCCGGGUCUAAUGAUGAAACUGCUGGUGAAGACGGUGAAAAAUCCUGUCAUCACUAUGGAAGCGAACAAAACGACUGUACAGGCCACCAGCACAGUGACGGCCUUCGCUAUCCAACCCAACAGCACACUCUCUCCGCUAUUUGUCCUCAACUUGGAGGCCAGUGUCAGCGCCCGAGUGUUUGUCAAUGGCAUGGGGCUAGCUGGAGCUCUCACCUUGAACAAAAUGAAUCUGACCCUGGCGACAAGUUAUGUGGGAGACUUUCAGGUCAGAUCUCUUGACAACAUCCUGCAAAUCGUCCUGAAAUUUGUUGUAUUACCCAUAUUGAAUGUUCAACUCGGACAGGGAUACCCUCUCCCCGCCCUUGGAAAGAUGAAGCUUGCAAACACUGAACUUCAUAUCCUUAAGGACUAUUUGAUGAUCGGGACAGAUGUUCAAUUCGCAUAGUAAUGAAACCCAAAUAAUUUCUUCCUACAUACCACAGAGGAUAAGUUACACCAAUUAUUUAGCAUCUUUAAAAAGUACUGCUUCCGCAUAUACAUAUUACAUUUGAGGCAGGUAUGAGUUUUCCCAUUUAUUCAUUCAUUUUGUCAAAGGUGAGCUGGAGCCUAUCCCAGGACGAUUAAGCAAACAUGCAUGGUUUUGAAUUGCUGUAUAAAACCGGUAUGCUCAGAGUAAAAGAACAGCGAGCACAUGCAAAUUGAACUCUGGCUUUAGGGCAGCUAUAUGAACGUUGUGAUUUUUUUUUUUUUCAACACUGUUACAAUAAUUGUGUGAUCAAACAAGAGAGAGAGAGAGAGAGUGCAGAACAAGGUCGUGCGUCUGCAACUGCAAUACUGUGUUCUUCUUUUAAUAGCUUUAUAAAAUCCAACACAUAAAUACUGUGUGUUACUCAAAGGAAUACAAAUUAACAAACAAAUCUAACUAGAAUAUAAUUAAGUCAGCAUGGUUUACAGUGUGUUAUGCUUACAUAUUUUCAGUGCAUUAACGCAAACACAGUGCUAAAAUAUCUUUUCGACAGGGUAAUAUCUUUGAAUAGUUUGACUCCUAACCUGUCAGUAGUGCUGCUUAUGCUCAUGUGGCAAUCAUGGUUGGUUCUGUGGCCAAAUGGUCAUCAGGUUGUGACUGCAUCAUUAGGGAGCUGUGACGCAAGGCUUGACCUCUCAAGCUCUGUGAGCUGGAUGACAUUAUCUACAUGGAAAGAAAAGGUCGAUGUUAUUCAUUGAUAAUGCUUUUCAUGCUGUUCAAUUCCUAAAACUGCUGUGUGUCUUUUCUAGCAAGACAAUCAUGUGUAAAUAUUUUAUUCUGGCAAUUGAAAUCAUGUAUGCUCAACUUCAUGACCACAGACCAGUACAAGACCAUGGAACAUUUCCUGCAGGACAUAGACAUCAAUUCCUUUUUUUUUUACAUUACAAUUAUUUUACUAUGAAAAACAACCACUUUUCUUUUUAACAUCAUUAAGCUCACAUACUAACUGUUCGCCGAAUACUCUCCAAAAGUGAUUCUCAAACUGUGGUACGCAGGCUCUAUCUUGUGGUACGCCAAAGAAUCACUUAAUUAAAUAUUCCAAACACUGUGUUACUGUUCUACUGUGAGUAAUGCUACCGUGGCCAAACCUAUUAAAUAUACUUGUUAAAUAAAA